AUGGAAAUAUCAUAAUCAAGAGAUUUAGAAGACGACAACCAGAAUCAUGGCUACUCCUUCAUUUAACUAGCUGAUGAUGCUAAACUUUUCUCUAAUUUCAAGAGAAAAGAGACUCAAGAGAAGUUCUUUUAAUGGGGAUUGACUGAAAAGAAUCUCAAAUUCGCCAAGUAUAGAUUCAACUAAACUUUCCACUUAGUUGGCGCUGAUAAUUUUUUGAGAGAUCUUUGCAAUGACAAAACUAUUCAAUCAACCUUUGAACCUCUCAGCUACUUAGCGGGCUGCACAGGUGUGAAGUAUAAGAAGCUGAACAGUGAGGUGAUUAAUAUGUCAUUCUUUGAUUUUCUGGUUGAAAAAGACAUUGCCACUGCUGAUGGCUAUAUCAGAAAAGAAUUAGAGGAGCUCUACGAGGGCAUAUCUCUUGGAGACAGAAUGAGGAAAGCUUUACUUUGGGAAGAGAGUGAAUACUUUAUGGAAUUACAGGAGGACAAGAUACAGAACGAGUUUAUCUUCAAGCUAUUCCAGAUGAUAUCUAUUGGUGGCUCGAUAUGCUAAUAUGAAGAGAACUUGAAAGAGUAUCUAGAUUUGAUAAAGAAUUUAUACAAAGACUUAAUCACAGUAGCUAAGGAUCAAGACUCAGGAGAAAUCAAAAUAUACUCGCAUGUAUUCCUAGUUGAAGCUGUAGAAGGUCUUGAAAGCUUGUUUCCAGUCAAAGACCAUCCCCAAAACUUCUUCUUUGUUAUAGUAGAUCCCAUCCAUUGGCAUGUAACACUUCUUUAUCAUAAAUGGUCUAACUACUGGUGA